CGCCUUAGAGCUCUUUCACACGAAGCCACUAUGGCAGCGCCACCAUGGUCGCGCCACCAGAAAAGCAUCGCCACAGUUCAUGCUUCCAGAAGCGCCUCUGUGAUUUUAAUUUUCGAUAGAAUUUAGAAUAGAAUAUAAUUUUAAUUUAGUUCCAAAAUGGAAGUGGAAGAGGUUGCAUGUGUAGCAUAUCUGUACGCUCGUGUUGUACGUAAACGAAAAAAAAAUAGAAAAUAUUGGGUACACCCACUACUGUCUGAUCGUUCUACGAAAGGUCUAUUCAAUUUAUUUUAUAAUGAUUUAAGAAAAUAUGAAGACAAUUUUUUUAACUAUUUAAGAAUGUCUGUUAGUUCAUUUGAUGAAUUAAUGGAACAACUUCAAGACGAUUUAACGGGUCAACAAACAAAUAUGAGAGAAUGUAUUUCACCUCUUGAAAAAUUAGUCGUAACUUUAAGAUACCUUGCCAGUGGAUGUUCUUUUACGGAAUUACACCAUGAAUAUCGUCUAGGAAUUUCUACUAUUUCUGGAUUUGUUACUCAAGUUUGUGAGGCUAUAUGGAAUAGAUUGAAAGAUGAAUGUAUGCCUCAACCAUCAACACAAAUGUGGCUCGAAAUUGCAAAUAAAUUUGAAACAUUUGCAAAUUUUCCUAAUUGUAUAGGCGCCGUCGACGGUGACGAAGCGUUUGGAUUAUCGGAAAAUAUAAUGCGACCAUAUGGUGGAAAAAAUUUAACCAUGACAAAAAAAAUAUUCAACUAUCGGCUGUCGAGAGCUCGUAGAUACAUAGAAUGUACAUUUGGAAUCCUUUCCAAUAAAUGGAGGAUUUUUCAUCGACCAUUAAACGUGAAACUUGAUUUGGCUCAAAAUAUAAUCAAAGCUUGUUGUAUCUUACACAACUUUGUACGGGCAAGAGAUGGAUAUCGGUAUGAUGAUACUUUAACAGUUCAAGGAUUGGAAAAUAUAGAAAACACAAAUGUAACAAGAGGAUCACAAAAUGCUCAAACUGUGAGAGAUAAGUACGCAAAUUAUUUUGUAACCGAUGGUCAAGUUGAAUGGCAGUAUAGUAAAAUUUAA